UCACUUACUCACAUAAACACACACAUAAAUCGCUAUCGCAAAUGUCAAAACAUAAACAAAAUAAAAUCAUGGGAUUGUGAAAAAUUAAAAUGCAUAAUUAAAAUUGUUAAAUGGUGAUUUUUCAAUAAUUAAAAUCAACAACAGAAUAAAAUGAAAAAGUGCUCAGUACCAAAUUGCAAAAGUGGAUCUGUUGAUCCGAAACGACGAACAUUUGCUUUUCCUAUCUCUCCUGGAUUGAGAGAGAAAUGGCUUAGGGCUAUAGGUCGGCCAGAUUUUAAGCCAACAGCCAACAAUAGAAUAUGCCUGUAUCAUUUCACGCCACAUGAUUUUGAAAGAUACCAUCGAUUGGAUGGAAAACUGACUACUGUUCCACUAUCUAAACCCAAAUUAAAUGACAAUGCUGUUCCAUCGAUAUUUCCGGGAAGUCCUCAUCCUCCCUUAACAGAAACACUACCAAGUAACACAUCGAAGGAUAAUAGCCAACUAUUUCAUGAAAUUUAUCUCAACCUUACGGACUUUGAGGUGAAGCUAGAGUCAGAGGAAAACCCAAUUGAUAUCGAUGUGAAAGUAAUCUCCACUGUAAAUGAUUUUCACUUGUGCAGAAUUUGCGAAUCUACGGAUGAAUUGAUUGAUAUUUCAUCAGAACCGAAUAUUCAUUUUCGUGAGAAAUUAUCUAAGUUAAUGUGCCCAAGUGAUGAUGAAAGAGAUCAAUUACUAAAAUUUAUUUGUCCACAUUGUGGAGAUAAAUUAGAAGAUUUGACCUCAUUCCGAACACAAUGUGAAAUUACCUACAGAAAGCUUAUAGAUAUGAUACCACGAAAGGAGGAACACCUGAAGACUGAAGAUAAAAAUCCUUAUGAAAAUACCAGUUUAGUUGAAAAUGUUUCAAACGUGUUGACUAACAAAGAUCAACAAAACGAAAAUAGUGAUGGCGAGGACUAUUGGGCGGACGAUCUUACAGAAGUUGACACAGUAGAAAAUGAAUCUAGUUUGAAAGAAACACAAAUACCAAUGAAUGAGUCUGAACCCAUGGAUAUUCCACAUCAUAAAGAAACCACAAAUAAUGUUCAAAGUAUCAAUAUUGAAGAAGAUAGCUCGGCUCGAAAGGACACUGAAGAACUGCCAAUAGUACACGACAACGGUAAAAGAAAAAGGAAAUACUACUGCCGAGUUUGCAAGAAAAACCUGAAGAAUGGCUAUCAAUUGGAUCAACACAAUAGAAAGCAUCAGGGUAUACCCUGCAUUUGCCAAUUCUGCCAGGUUGAAUUUUCCGAUCGUGCCAAUCUCAAUCGUCACAUUCGGACAGUACAUGAGAAACGCCGCGAUUACGUCUGCAAUGUAUGUGAAAAAUCAUUUUCUCAGUCCACCGAACGCAAUGCUCACAUGUGGAUACAUGAGGAUACCAAAAAAGACUGUGAUGUGUGUCACAAGACUUUUAAAAGUCAACGUUCACUUGAAAUGCACAAAUGGAGACAUAUUCCACCCGAAGAACGCACGGAGGACAUGCAGAAACGGCUCUUAAGGAAAUAUAAAUAUGCGAAGAGAAAUCAAAUGAAAACACACGUAUGCGCUAUAUGUGGAAAAAUUUCCAAACAUUUAUCAGAACAUUUAUCCCAUAUGCGAGGUCACACAGGAGAAAAACCCUACAAAUGCCCAUACUGCGAUCGGUGUUUCCGUGAACACAACACCCGGAAAUCUCAUAUUCGGCAGCACACUGGAGAAAAGCCAUUCAAAUGCAAUACAUGUGAGUCUGCGUUCCGCCAGAGAACUCACCUCAAGAAGCACAUGCUACUGCAUACGGGUGAGAAGCCUUUUAAGUGUCUAGUAUGUGAAAAGUUGUUCAGGGAAAAAUGCAAUUAUAAGGCUCAUAUGCGAUUGCACACUGGUGAAAAACCAUAUACCUGCAGUGCAUGUCCUGAAAAAUUCAGCAAUCCUCGUGUUUUGAAGAAACACUUUUCAAAUGUUCACUCCAAUGACUUACAUCUGAAAAUUCAAGAGAAAAACCAGCUCGAAGUGACCGAAAAUGAGGAAAAUAUUAAGAAAAAGGUGUUAUCGGGCAAUUGAGUAACUACUGGAGUGAUCAGCUUUGUGAAUUUUGCAAUAUCUUUCUGUUCUAAUAAACAUGAAAUUAUGUAAAAAAAAUAGUUAUUCAGUUAAAAAUCUUAAUAUGAAGUAUCUAAAUAUAAAUGAAUUUAUAAGUCCUAUAGAACUGUUGUAGAACGCUUACGAAAUGAAACAAAGAAUCUCAGCUAAAUUAA